GACAGGAAAAUUAGUAGUUAAUCAUCUGAAGUUUGUGGCUAAAAUGACUAUAGUUUUGCACCAUAUUUGAAAUUAGAAGUUAAAAACUUAAAAAUUAUGACCAAAUUUGCAGCAUUGUGUGUGUUUAUGACUUCAAUAUGUAUGGAUUGAAACAUCAGGAAUUAGUAAAGAACAACACAGAGAUGGAAACAGUUUGAGCUAAAACAGCUUCUUUGGUCAAGAGUCGAGACCAAUUUUUCUAUGGUGAUGUUAGGGACUUGGCCAAAAUAAAUAUCAAAGCUUGUGACUUGGAGAAAUCUACAUCUUUCGGAGCUAUAAAGCAUGUGAUGUUUUGAGUCUUUCUCUUGUUAAGAAUUUACUUAGCAAUUUGAGCAUGCUUGAGCUCACUACAUAUAUAAUCUUAGCUUAAUCACUGAGAGUUAUAUGGACGAGUUUUCGACCAAAGUGAGACUCACGUACGCAUGACUUGAGAAGCAAAAUAAGAUAUCUGUUACACAUCAUAGACCUCGCAUCAGUGUCAUGAUAUUCUUUAUCCAAUUUUUGGGGUGUUCAACACUAGUCGAAUUUUAAAAGUCUGGGUCCAUUGGCCUAAUGGUAUCUAUAACCGCAGUUUUUUGGGGUAUUGGCUUAUGUCCCUCCCAAUGUAUACGUUUUGGUUGAUUGAAUGAAAGUUCUAUCUCAUUCUAAAAACCACUAGUCGAAUUUAGAAAAUAAGGCAGAAAAUUUAAGAUUUUUAUAGCAAAAAUGAGAAGGUGGAAAGUUAAAAGUUUAUAUUUACUUUUACGCUUAUAAAAUGUAAAAUCAAAAGUGCCCUCACAAAAAAAAAAAAAAAAAGGUUUUGGGUUUGGGCUUAAUCAGACAAUAUAAUACUCUAUGCCCCAUUUGAGUGAAUGGCGUUGAGGCACACCAUGGCCUAUUAAGACUAGUUCAGUAGUUGGCUUCUCUUCGCUCAAACUCAGUUGGAGAAAAGAAGAAAGAGUAGUAACCUUUAGCGCGUUGUAAUUGAUGUCCAAUCAGGAGUCUUUGCAAUUUUACUGUAAUCUUUCACUUCCUCCUGCAUAGAGUGUUUGUUAGGAUUUGGUUCUGUUGGCUGGACUUAAACAUCAGCCGUAGAUCAUAAACAUUUCAACAGUCCUCUUCUGAGUCCCGGAGUUGGACGUAAUUUUUGAGUUCGAUUGAUUGCAAUGUCUCUCCGAAAGCCCCCGCUCCCUCGUCUCCUCCUCAACAAUGUCUCUUGCAUGAGGAAUGCCCAGCAGAUCUUGCGACAUGUAAAUGCCACAGUUCACGACGGUGGAGCACUUGUGCUGAUGGGCACUAAUGGCUCGGGCAAGACUACCUUCCUGCGCAUGUUAGCCGGCUUUUCUAAGCCUUCUGCUGGCCAGGUCCUCUGGAAUGGUCAUGACAUCACAGAUUCAGGAGUUUUCCACCAGUACAAGCUCCAACUCAACUGGCUCUCCCUCAAAGACGCGGUCAAAGAGAAGUUCACAGUCCUUGACAAUGUCCAGUGGUUUGAAGUCCUUGAAGGGAAGAUGGGGAAUUCCCUGCCUGCUUUAGAGCUGAUGGGCCUCGGCAGAUUGGCUAAGGAGAAGGCGAGAAUGCUGUCAAUGGGGCAGCGGAAAAGACUACAGCUCGCUAGGUUGCUGGCAAUCGACAGACCUAUUUGGUUGCUCGACGAGCCCUCAGUUGCAUUGGAUACUGACGGGGUGAAGCUGCUCGAGUACAUCAUUGCAGAGCAUAGAAAGAAAGGGGGCAUUGUCAUUGUGGCAACACAUCUGCCUAUCGAGAUUGAAGACGCGACAUACCUGAGGCUGCCAGCUAGGUUCCCAAGGAGAAUGACCUUGGUGGAUAUGCUUGAUCGCUCAGACUUUUGAUUCUGUCCCUAUUCUUGUUUACACACAAAAGAAGCAAAAUUUGUAGCCAUUGUGAUUGAUUUCUAUUUUAAGACCAAAAUGUCCUUAGCCUUUCCGAGCAUGCACAUUGACCAAAAUACUCCUUCAGAGCAAUAUAUAAGAGCCCUGGAGAUGGGAUUCUAGGGUUUUCAAGACGCUCAUUAGUUUAAGAAUGAGGCUUUGCUCUCAGAGAGCUUUGCCCUCUCUGAAUGUCUGUGAAGCCGAUGAUUUGAACCAUUCCAUUCGUUACGACUCUCUCUUUCUCUCUCAUCAUCAUCUUC